GGAAGCAAGUUAUUUUUUGCCCCUUUAGUUCAGUUCCUCUUCGCAAGGUCGUAACUACAGUACCUACAGCCGUCGUUCCUCUGCUCCGAGGAAAAACCAGGAACCAUGGCGAUGAAUUCCGCACUUAAUGCCACCGAGGAACAUUAUGGGAACGACAUUAAGACGUCGGAAAACUUGACUGGGGAGAAAGGGGAAGAUAAAGAUCAAGUGGUUACUGGAACCGAAGUGAUGGCAACCAAAAAUGGCAAAUCCUGGGAUGAAAAAAUGAAAAACUUUAAAAUUUUUCUGUGGAACCCGGAAAGGAGAGAAUUCUUGGGAAGAACAUCCAGGAGUUGGUCACUUAUUUUAUUUUUCUACCUUUGUUUAUAUUCCUGUCUGGCUGGAAUGUUUUCUCUGUGCCUGUAUGGCAUGCUUACCACAAUCAGUCUGUAUACGCCAAGAUAUCGCGACCGAGUCAACAAUCCAGGGGUGAUGAUAAGACCAUAUAUUGGUGGAUUUAUGAUUGCAUUCAACUCAUCGGAGGAGAGGACAUGGUCACUUUAUGUGCAAAGCCUGCAUCAGUUUCUUGAAUCCUACAAUGACAGUAUUCAGGCAAUUAAGAACAUUCCAUGUUCUCCUGGGCAAUACUUCAUUCAAAAGAAGAAUGAAAGUGAAGAACGGUUAGCUUGUCAGUUUAAUCGGACCAUGCUGAAAAACUGCUCCGGAAUUGAAGAUCCUACUUUUGGAUACUCUGCAGGAAAACCCUGCAUUUUUCUGAAGAUGAAUAGAAUAAUUGGCUAUCUGCCUGGUAAAGGAACAACGCCAUAUGUGACCUGUGAAUUUCUGAAAGAAAAGAAGAACAAUGCUACAAUUCACUUCUAUCCAAAUGAUGGAACCUUUGAUCUCACAUACUUUCCUUAUUAUGGAAAACUGACACAUGUAAAUUAUUCCACCCCCCUUGUGGCCAUGCAGUAUGAGAAUAUGAAGAGGAACAGCGAUGUGAGCAUUCAAUGUAAAGUAAAUGGGCCUGGCAUCAAAAAUGACAUCUUUCAAGACCGAUUUUCUGGCAGGAUUGUUUUCACACUUAAUAUUCAAGAAUAAUGUAAAAUGAAAGUUCCUUUGCGGAAGAUGUAGACAACGGUGCAAUAUGUGAUGAUUUGAUUUCUCUGCUGGGAAAGACUUGUAUUAACUAGCAUGAUUAUUCUACCAGUAAGGCUCACAAAUAUAGCAGCUUAAUCCUUCCCCUCUUAAGUUA